AUCUGCAUUUCGUUUGCAUUUCGUUUUGUCUGAUUGUUAACUCAAAACAAGUCCUCACAUUCCUGCGUGUCAGCGUUCGCCCAAGCUUACAUCCAACCCCCCCCACAGAGCCUACUUUCGACAGUCGCUCGGUCCUGCCAUUCUAGUUGCGUCUUUUUCGAAAGACUGUCCAAUCAGCGUGUUUUCGCUCUUUGUGGGAAAACCAGCAUGGCCACCGACCCCGCGCCCUUCCCUCCUGAGGGGUUGCCGGACGCGCCCGUGUUGCAUUCACCACCGCCACAAGACGCGAGCUCGGAGCCAGUCCAGUCCAUUGCGGAAACUGGGCACGAGCCAAUUCCCGAUUCUGUAGCCGGAAGAGCCUUGGUACCAGCCGCCAGUGAUGCUCUUCCAUCUAACGCUCUCAGCAGUCCUGAGAUAAUAUCGCCCACACAAGCGGCAUCGGCACAACUGCUCGCAGGGCGCUCGCCGUUUGGCGUUCCGCCGUUGCUCGUUCCAGCCGACCAGCUGCACUCUCCGCUUGUACCACUUUCCGACGACACUGCUGUCCGACCGCCAGCAGCAAUAUCGUCCGACAGCACUGUGAUUGCAACCACCGACGAGUCGCAUGCGCUGGAAGAGCCCAAGUUGCGGCAUAGCACUGAACUCUUGUCCAGUCCACACACGCCGGGCUCGCCUGGAACGCCAUCGACGCUCUCUCCGCCGCACGGCUCCUUGACUGGCGACGGUUUUUUAAUGCGCAAUUUUUCCUCCGAUACAAUCUUGGACGGCGGGACCCCCAGUUCUGGGUCGCGUUCGAUUGUCGCCGAGCCGGCCGACGGCAGUAACGCUUCCGGCCAGCUGGCACUUGAUGCCGUGUUGCGCGGCCCUUUCCGAUCAAGCAUGUCCGAUACACUCUCCCGGAGCGGCAGCGCUGCGGUGUCACGGCGCAAUUCAAGUAGGAGGAAUAGCAACUGCCUCUCCCUCGAUCUUCAGCAGCCGAGCAGCAAUAGCAACCCCAAUAGUGCCAACGUGGCAACACCCGAUGUUGAUCCUUCGGCAGUUAGACCUGGCGCCUCAAACACGACGAGCGCGACGAAGCGCUCAGCAUCAACCAAUACUAGUAACAACAAUACCCUCAACAAGCAUUCGGCGCCAACCAGCGAGUCAAGUACCGACAGCGAGGACGACAAUGUAGCGGGGGGCCUACCACCAAUAAUACCGACCAUGAGCUCCGACUCGCCGUCAGACAUGACGGUGGCUGCAUUUGCGAACGUGUCCAAUGCUCUUCCCCUCAAUCCUCCCUCGAGCAGCAGCAGCGCGGAGGCGCCAACGUCAUCACCCGCACGUCCAUCGGGAGCAAGUGUGGGGCGGCAACUCACGUGGCACGCAGCAACAAGCUCUCGUUCGUUAAAGGAGCAAUUGCACGCGCAAAGCCUCCUUCACCAAAUGCAACAACAACAACAACAACAACAACAGCAACAACAACAGCACCAGCUUCCUCACCAUGUCCAGCAGCAACCGUCUGAAGGACCUUCAGAGCAACUGCCGGCGGAAGCCCUGCUCUUGCGCAGUUCGUUUGAUACAGCUGCGGCGGAUGCUGGUAUUUUCGCCCACUCGGCUACGACCCACGAGCCGUCCCCAGGCCUUGGAUCGCAGGGCCCCACAACACCACAUUCGGCGACGGCGAGCUGGUCUCCUCGCUUUUUUGCCAGUCGACAGGGCAGCUUUGGGGCCAGCACUGGAAUGCUGCUGCAAGGCGGCGGCAGCUCGCCCUCCUUGCCAUCCCCCUCGAGCCGGCUGAGCAACUCUCACGCAACCCCGGCGGACAGCCCACUUCGGUUUGUUUCCGUCCCAACCAACAUCCCCGGCAGCAAUGUGAGCUCUUCGCCGGGCUUCACCGCGCACAGCUACGACUCGUCCAUGGCGGGAUCGCCCACUCACGCCACAGUGACCAAGCGACUGUCGCGCGAGAACGUGAGCAUCUUUGAUCGCCAGCACAACCCUGCGGUCAAGCGCGAGUCGUCUCCCGCAUUGCAGCGCCGCCGGUGGCUCGCAGCGCACCACGCCAGCAGUAGCGGCAGCGGCAGCCCCGCUGGAAGCAUGGUGGCCACUCACGGAGGCUCUGAAGAAGGUGGCGAGCACAGUCCGGCUGGGGACAUGUUCUUCAUGCGAGAUGGCGGCACUCCGUACGAUUCAAUGUUUUUGCGGUCGCUCAGCGUCGAGGACACCACUGCGCUUUUGCUCGACAACCCUGCCGCGAAGGAAAUUUUGCUAGCCGACGAGCAGCUGGCCAGCCUUCACGAAUCCGUGGAAAACACGCUUGUGAAUGCCGAAAUCGCCGCCGCCUCGUCUUCUCGCCGACAGUCCCUUGCCAGCAUUGGCCUUCCCGGAAACCUGUCUGGCAGCAUGAUUCCGACGCUCGGCUCGCAUUCCGAGACCCCCUUUGAUGCCGUUCGGUCGGCUUCUCGAUCCUCAUCGAUGGCCCAGUUGGAGCCCCAGUUCCCUCCCGCGCUGACAGGGCUCGAGUCUCGCCGUGGUAGCAACACGUCCUCGGGGCGGCGUUCUCCAAACUCGCACCGAAAACUGAGUCCGUCAAUCCUCUCGCUGUCCCCUGCACCCAGUCAGCCGCAGCAACGUCAAGCUGGUCCACCCAGCCCGCUCAAUUCGGGCGGCCCGACUCCACCAGCGGCUACCACUACUCCCAGCAACCAGGCCAGUCUGGCUGCCGUGCCCGAACUCAGUCUAGUGGCAGCACAGUCCGAGCUGCUCACCGCCUUGGCGCCGCCUCCGCAAGCCACCACCUUGUCCAGUCCACACCCGCUGUCCGCAAGUGCCACCUUGCUGGCCGAUUCAGAGCCUCGUCAUCACGAACGCGACCCAUCCAUCGACUCCAACCUCGUUCCAAGCCGUGCCGAAAGCAUCCAUCCUGCCACCGGGGCAAGCAGCACCGCGGCCUUGCCGGCUAGCAACAGCAUGCAGUCGUUUGCCGAUUACCAAACCAGUCCUACCCACAAUCUUUCUUUCUUUCCAGGCGUGGCGGAGUCGCAAGUGUCCGAAGCUAACAUUAUCCAUGCUUCAGAGUUGAGUGGCGGCCACGUGUUUCACGAGGUCGAUCUUGACAGCGAACUGCGAUCUGUCAAGGAGCAGACAGACCGCAAAAUUCGCCUGUUUCUCCUGGAUGUGAACGAGUUUGAUCUUGCUUCACGCGGCGAGUACCUCUCGCAGAGCUACCCUCCUUCCACGAUUGGCAACUCGCAACGCGAGUGGUACGUGCACAUCAAGGCGGUUGCCAACGAAAUUCUGAUGUGCGAUAUUGCAAAGCUUCGCCGUGGUCGCGCAUCCUUGUUGAUGCGGCAGGUGCAAGAGUACCUCGAGUUGCAUCGCAUGAGCAAGGCCUACCUUCGCCCUGGCAGCGGAGACGUGGAGCAGCUGUUGACCAAGCUGGUUUUCAUCUUUGCGCCCUGUUCCCGUCUUGCCACGUACAUUGCCAUGCGACUCCACAGGGAAGAGCAUGCUGCUGCCAUUCAGACGCGCCAACAUCAGCAUUUGCUGCUGCAGCAUCAGCCAUCGUCCCACGCCUCGCCCAGUGGAUCCACCUCGUCCUUCCUUGGCGUUCCGCAGCCAGGCGCUCUUGUUGGGAGCGGCUCGGCCACAUCGGUUGGCUCCAACACGUCCGUCGACGAGUCUGCGCCUUUACCAGCGCGGCACCAAUCUGCCCCUAGCGGACACCCACCUGUCAGUGCCAGUCGCCUGACCACUCAGCCAGCCAUUGAUGAGGACGAUGACGAACACUUGUUUCAGCUGGACGACACGCGCUCCAGCCGCAGCCAGUCCAUGUUUGUCCGCAACACGGAUGCAGAUCCCGGUGUCCACGAAGGGUCCAAUGUGUAUUCGCCGCCCCGUGUCCAAUCGCGUACGCUGGCACCGAGAGCCAGCGCGUCAUCAUUGGCUCGAGCCAACCGAUCGCACGCUGGUCCCACGGUCGUCAUCCCUCCUGCUGGCUCUGCCUUUGUUUCUCCUGAGAGCGGCUCAGGCUCUGGUCCUGGCAGUGCCUCCAGCAAGUCUGCAACCGCGCUUUCUACCACGCCGCCAUCCGCCGCUGCCGGAGCGACCACGACUUCGUCUGCCUCUACUUCUGCUUCUGCUGCACCUCCAACGCCUGGUUCGCCCUUUUCGGGCAAGCGUUCCACCAUGCGGAAGGGUUAUACCAUUGCACAUGCCUCUGUUCCCGUGUUUGAGGUGACCCACCACGAUGAUGGCGGCUCGCCGGUUCCUGCGGGCAGCCCCUCGCUACUGAGAGGACGUGCUGGCUCGCGAAUCUUGGACACAGUCAAGUCCCAACGCGCCGGCUCCAAGCAGUCGCUCGAGGAUAUUAUUCGGCAGAACGAGCCCACCGUCGAUGUUUCCUCGGUCGUGUUCACGGCGACUGCCGCCGGUGCUGCCGACGAGCGGUCCAAGCGACGCUCGUCGCUUGCUCGCAUCCCUUCGGAAGAGUCAUUUCUCACAGCAAAGCCGACUCCGGCCCAGGCCUUCCAGAGCUAUCACCGUUCGACCACCGCUCGUACAGAGACUGAGUCGCCGACCACCGACACCUCGUUCGGCUCUCCGACCUCGUCCAUUUCGCACGAGACCCGACUGGCGUCUCGCCCCAACAGAUCGAGCACCCAUCGCGCGGCGGUGGACACGUUUCCACCUGUUACGGCCUCGUCGCCUGGCUCUUCGCCCUCACCUCGCGGAGAGAGUGCGGCUCCUCUCCUGCCGGCCAGCUACCAAUCAAGCGUUCUGCACGACUCGGCCCAGCAUCUCCACAGCAUCCACUCCAUCAACGACGAUGACGACGACGACGACGACAACAACAACAACAACAACAACGGCGAUGACUCGGACGCCCACGUUCCGGACUCGUCGGGCAUCUCGCGAGGUCGCACUGGUACCGUGCGUGCCUCUCAGCAGCACAGCUCGUCGAGCGGCCAUGGUCUGAAAGACCCCCUGUCCUCCACCACGCUGGUCAACAUGCCUGCCAAUUCGCUCAUGGCCUCCUUGCUCAAUUCCAUCAAUCCCGCAACCCUCCAAGCCCUCGGCGACGGCGACGAUGAUCAAAGCGACACCAUGAGCACCUCCAGCCAGCUCGCCCAGACACAACACCACAGGGCUGUCGGUGACUCGCCAGAUAGCUUGCGACGAGCUCACCGCGACGGCGCUCAGUCUGCGUCAACGACGUCGGUGCUCGAGUACGAUGCGUCGUCCGAGUCCUCUCGCCGCUCGUCGUUUGAGGUGUCUCACGGCGGUGUCCCAACUUCCGCUCAUGGUGCUGCGCGAUCUGCUGCCAUUGCAAAUGCCAUUGCGUCGGCACCUGCGACAGCGCCCCACAAGACCAAACCCAUGCUCCCGAAUGCGAUGGAUGCUGGCGAGAUGUCAGGCGAGAAGCCCACUGGCGUGUUGAACUUUAAAACGCGCAUGCUGAAGGGCAUCAAGAGCCUGUUCAAGCUCAACGACAAGAAGAAGGGCGGGCCAGGCCUUCGCACUUCCCCGCCAGUGCCCAAACCUCCGAGCGCGAUCGAUGUGCUUUGUCGCAUCUGCGAGGAGAUUGUGCCGUCUGACACGCUUGCCGAGCACUCGCAAAUUUGCGCAGUCGCCGAAUCCUGCGACAUGCAGAGCGCGUCCGAAGAUAGUCGACUGCGCAAGCUUGCCAAGGGUCUGCGCGAGUGCUUGGCGCGGACUGCUCCAGCUCACAGCAACAAGCUGGCAGCGCUCACAGUCAAGCCACUUUCCCAGUCAAACACGCCACCUUCUGGCGGGUCUUCGAGCAGCGGCAGCCACGGCAAGACCGAUCGGUCCAGCUUCCCGUUCCGCAUCAAAACGACUCCUUCCUCGUCGCCGUCCAAGCCGUCUGCGCUUGCAGCGGCAAUGGAGCACGAAUUCACCACGCAUUCCGUCGGGCAUCGAGCUGACAGCCACUUUGAGUUUGAAUCGGAUGCGAUUGCGUACGGCGAAAUGAUUGAGGCGGUCGCAGUGAGCGCAGCCGAAAUUGAGUACACUGGGCCCGACAGUGUCCGCCAAUGUGAAAAGCUGCUUUCCCAAGUGGCCACGGCCGUAGAUCGCUUGCGCAUGGACAAGGAAGGGGCGUACGAUAUCUUGAUUUUCGGCAAGCGCAUCCUCAGUGUGCUCCACAGCAAAUGUGACGCGCUCCGCGUCCGUGCGACCGUCCCCAAUUCCGCUUCACCUCUCUCCGGAUCGUCCCAUACACACGGCAACGCGAUGGGCUCUGGCUCGGAAAGUACUCCAAAGAAGGUCUUGUCGCUUUUUGCAGCGAUUGCCCGCGGCGGCGGACACCGACGCACCCCUUCGGCUGGUUCGCUCGCCAGCGCCAUCUCGGUCAACACGUCAGAUUCUCCACAAGGCUCUGGCAGUGGCAAACAUGUGGGACGGUCCCGGCGACGCUUGCCCACCAUCACCGACUUCAACAUUAUCAAGCCCAUCAGCCACGGCGCCUACGGCCGCGUCUACCUCGCGCGCAAGAAGACGACUCAGGACUUGUACGCCAUCAAGAUCAUGAAGAAAGACGACAUGGUCCGCAAAAACAUGGUUGACAAUGUGAUUGCCGAGAAGCAAGCUCUUGCCAUCUCAAACAACCCGCACGUGGUCAAGCUGUACUACUCGUUCCAAACUCGCGAGUACCUGUACCUCGUUAUGGAGUACCUGAACGGCGGCGAUGUGUGCUCGCUGCUGCAGGCUCUGGGAGCGUUUGAGGAAGGCAUGGCCAAGGUUUACGCCGCGGAAGUCGUGCUCGCGUUGGAAUAUCUGCACCAGCACCACAUUAUUCACCGCGAUCUCAAGCCCGACAACAUGCUGAUCAACUCUGACGGCCACAUCAAGCUGACGGACUUUGGACUGAGCCGCAUCCAAGAGCCGACAUCGAGCGCAAGUGCGCCCUCCCAGUUGCCGGGAAGUGUGACGCAUUCGGCUGUGCCCAGUCAUCGAGGCACUCUUGUGCCAAUGUCUGAGUCCAUGCGAACUCUUGCGCAACAGCAAAGCCUGUCGCACUCUAUGGGCUCCCUGGAAGUGCGCCCCGUCACGACUGGCAAGCCCGCCGCACCGCUUUCGAGCAGCGCUGAUGAGCUUCUUGACGAGAACACCUCCAUCCACCCGGAAGCUGCCGAAACACUUGCCGCGGCUGUCGCACAGAGUCAGUCGGUUUCCACUCUGUCCUCGUCGCUGCCAGCGACGUCGAGCUACAUGCCCCCUUCCCCAUCAGGCUCUCCUCGGAGCACACUAGCCCGCCGUCUCACCUCCGCGUCGUUUGCACAGCCUGCACAAUUUGCACUUCCUCAAGCGAGCAAUAAUGUCAGCAGCAUGACCUUGCUCUCGCUUGCCACGCCCGGAUUGAAUGGCUCCAAGCGGUUUAGCUCUGCAGAGACCUUGAAUGCAGCCAGCGCGAUGGCGCUCCACCACCAGCAGCAGCAGCAGCAGCAACAGCAGCAGCAACAACAACAGCAAUCGUUCCACCCAGCUGUCGCGGCACAAACCGUGACGGCGAGCAAGGCGGGACAUCCUCUCCCUGCUGCAUUGCGACGAGCAAAAACGUUCACGCGACAGACGUCUGCGCCUGCCUUCCGACCGCCGAGUGGGCAAAUGUCUGGCCGAGACGACGUUCAUGGAGGUCUGGGUGGCCGCGGCUCCUCGUUGCUGACUGUUGCACCCAGCGGCAAAACGCGCCGCCGCAACUCUGGGCACGAGGCCUAUCUCGCAAACUCGCUCAAGGUAUCGUUGCAGACAGCAGCCUCCAGCAACGGCAAUCUGAGCGCCAGCAGCGACGGUGGCUCGGUCUCUCAGCCCGAUUCAAGCACCAUUGUCGGCUCGCCCAUGCCGCAGCUCACCGACACUGAGAUGAUUGGCAUUGACGGCAAGCUGGCGGCGGUCUCUGCCCCCUCGGAAGCUCCUUCCAGCUCGAGCCACAGCGACAAGGUGACCACAGCAGCGGAAGCUGCCGCGCAGGAGGACGAGCCAGAAGAGUUCCGCAUGGGCUCGCGCAUCGUCGGCACGCCGGACUACCUCGCCCCCGAGCUUCUUUUGGGCUUUGAGCACGACUAUUCCGUCGAUUGGUGGGCUCUUGGCAUUUGUCUGUUUGAGUUUUUGGUUGGCAUCCCCCCAUUCAACGACAGCAGCGAGGAGAUGAUCUUCCAGAAUAUCCUGAAUCAUGACAUCCCCUGGCCACCAGCUGACGAAAUGUCGCACGAAGCUCGAGAUUUGAUCACCAAACUUCUCAAUCCCAAGCCUCAGCUCCGCCCAACGACGAAAGCCAUCAAGGCUCACCCGUUCUUUGCCGGUAUCGACUGGGACUCCUUGCUCAACCACCCUGCACCGUUCAAACCCUCACUGAGUGAUGUGGAAGACACAUCGUACUUUCGCUCUCGCCGCGGUUCGUUCGAGCCUGAACCUGCCGAGUUUGAAGAUUCUCGUGCUUCUGGAACCUCCACGCACCAAUCUUUCACCAAAUCGCCCGUCGCUCGUGUUCUCAACAGCAGUCUGCUCAGUGUACGCUCCAACUCGCCGCAACUGAGCGGAAGUGGCAGCUUCGGCCACGCCAGCCAACUGGCGCACGGCGAUGAUCGCAGCGUGGUCGGCGAUCUGGACACGGAUUCAGACUAUGUGCUCACCUCCGACUUGGAAAGCCUCGGAGGUGAUCUCGACACCCACAGUAUUCGCGGAGGCACAAGCCAAAGCGGACUCGAGGAUCUCGAGCUGCAUGGCGAAGAGCCAGACGACGUGGACGACGACACUUUCGCCACGUUCGACACCAAAGUGGUGCACAAUUUCACCGCCAUGAACACCGAUGUGCACAACUCAGUCCAUCGCCGCAGCAGCGACGACCACAUCAACCGACCAUUCUCUAGCCUGGGCAGCACACCUGGCUGGCAUUCGCGCGCCAACUCUGAGUCGGCCGACUCUGUCACCUCAGGCAAAGCCGCCACGUCGAGCCCGUCGUCCAGCUCUGUCAGUGGCAAGGCAGGCAUGCAGUCACCACAAAUUGCGGUUCGCUUCACCGAGCUCGACCCUCCCGCACUUGACAUUUAAGCUGACUCGAGUCCAGUUUGAGUUGCCUGAGCAUUUCUCCCUCUCUCUCUCUCUCUCUCUCUCUCU